AUGAAGAACAGAAUUCCAGACAGCGUUCUUGAAAUUAAGUUGAGGUUAGGAGGAGGUGGGAUGCGGAAAAUCUUCAAACAGACGUUUAAUGUUGAACAAGGAGAAACAUUAUUGAAAGGUUCUAGAUGUUAUUUAUCAACCACUGCUGGUCCAAUUGCAGGUCUACUAUUUGUAUCAACCCACAAAAUUGCAUUUUGCAGUGAAAAGUCUCUCACCAUCUCUUCAACAAACGGAGGAAUUAUCAGAACACCUUACAAGGUAGUGAUACCAGUAGAGAAGAUAAAGAGAGUAGAAGAAAGUCAGAAUGUCAAUAAACCAAAGCAAAAGUACAUCGAGAUAGUUACAAUCGAUCAUUUUGAUUUCUGGUUUAUGGGUUUCGUCAAUUACGAAAAAGCUUUCAAGACUCUUCAAAAAUCCACCAACAUAUCUCAGCAACAAUCUCUAUGA